CUUUUUUGUAAUCUUCUGCAUUUGCUUUAAUAUAUUUGUAUUCUUAAUACACAAAGUAGGAUUGCUAUGUUUGUAUUAUUCUCUGUUUUGGGACAGAGAAUAAAAUAAACCAAGUUACAAAAGGACGUUUUGAAAUAUCAAUCAACUCUUUGGUCUUAUUUGAAUUUACAAGAUUACACAGCUGCUGCUGAGAGAAUCUCACACAUAGAAGUAGAUGUUAAAACAUACAAAUACUUUUAAAGGAUUUAAAUAGGAUAGUUAAAAUGCCGACCCAACUGUGGGAAAUAAAACAUUUGAGCCGAUAGCCUGUUUACAGACCAUCGGCUGGCAUUAUUUACUUCUUGUGUAUCUUGGGUAAUUUUACAAUUUACUAAUUUGUUUUUGUUAAGUGUUUGAUUUUCCACCUUUGCCAGCUGAAGAACAUGCACUGGGCUUGCCUCUCCCUCCCCUCUAUACACACACCUGUGAUUUCAACAAGCCUCAGAGAGAAAGGAAGGAUCUUACUGAUGCACAGCUCCAACUCACAAUUUCACUUAGUUCAAUGUAUGUUUAUUUUUCAAUUCAUAGUUUUCCCUAAAUGGUUUCAUUUCUUCUGAAACUAAUGCAGAGAGAUUUGGAAUACAUUUUUCCUUUUUUUCUUUAACCUACCUUGGUAUCCUUGAGUGUUUUUAAAUGGGCUGGCCAGGCAACAUAUGGUUGGAUGCCAGAGAGACUUUCCUUGGUGAGACCCGAGCUUCGUGGAGAAACUCGACGAGUUCUGUGUUGUCCUUUUCUCCACGUGGGAAGCUGCUCCUGGAGGUGCUCAUGGUGCUUAUGUGUGUCGGCGCAGUUACUGGAAAUAUCCUGGUCAUCAUAAUUGUGGUGGCAACGAAAACAUUCCACUGUGUGACGUCUGUGCUCAUUAUUAACUUGGCAAUCAGUGACUUCCUGGUUGGCAUCGGUGUCAUGCCGUUUGUGGCUGUUUCUAUCAUGAACAAUGGAUGGGUGAACUGCACUGAUUUAUGUCUUUAUGUGGGUUACACCUCCUCGGUCUACUGCAGUGCCUCAGUCCUGACACUUGCAGCUAUCGCUUUGGAUCGCUAUUACUCUAUUGUGGACUGUCUGCGCUAUAGUUCACGCUGUACUGCAUGGCGAACUGGUGCAGCUGUAUUAUGGAUCUGGCUGCAGGCCAUGCUCACCAGUUGUCCACCUCUAUUAGGCUGGAGUAACAUCAGUUUUGUGAGCCCUAUGUACAGCUGUGCUGUCAACUGGGCUAGCAGUCCCAGCUAUACAGUCUUCAUGGCAGCCCUUUGCUUUUUAUUUCCUGCCAUAGUCAUUCUUUUUUGCUAUGUGAAGAUUGUCCGCGUGGCCCAGCACCAUGCCCAGAGGAUCCACAGCCUUCAGCAACAUUUUCAACCCAGCAGAAGCCAACACGUUUCCUCACCAUUCGAUUCAUCCCACCAGUGUUCAGCUGUGGACCUAGACAUGCAUGACCCAUCCAGACUUGUUUACUUUGUAAGUGGGAGGUUUGUAUCAGAAGCUCAGUUCAAUGUUCCUAAGGCAGAUCUGACUGGAGAGCUAACUUCACAACUUGAAGAAAAAAACAGCACCAGACCUUCUAGUCGUCGUCUGCAUACCUUCCUUGCUCAUCUCCAGAGUGGUAGCACUUUGCAAAACAGUCAUCCACAGCAACAUGGUGUCGUGAGGCUUUUCAUUGUUAUUGCUGCCUUCUUUCUGUGCUGGACGCCUUACAUUGGAGUUACUCUGGUGCAGGCCACUGAGACCGCCCUCUCCCGAUCAGCAAGCCAGGUGCCACCUGCUGCUGUCACCUUCUCAUACUGGCUUGUGCUCUUCAACUCGGACAUCAACCCAUUACUGUAUGCUCUUCUCAGCAAACGAUUCCAGGGGGCCCUGCAGAAUCUCAAGAAAAAGAUCCAGGCAAAAUUGGGCAUUAUUCAAGGUGCAGAAGAAGGAAGAACAGAUGGAGAAGGUGGAAGGUUCACAAGUCCCUCGAAUGUAAUGCCCAGUGUCACAGAUCAGCAACGCCAAGAUAACAGACCCCAUCAGAAUGGAUCUGUGUACUCCUCUCUUUUCGCAAUGAAUACCAAUUUUCCCAAAAGCUACAAACAAGAACCAAAUGAAGUCCUUCUACCAGGGAGUAUGUUAUCAUCUUCCUUUUCGAAUUCUUGCUCAUCCAUUUCCCUUUGUCAUAAGUGUAGCAGAAAUACUGCAGGAAAGUCGGACUGCUUGCACGUUUCUUCAAAGCCACAAGGGUGGGAAAAACUACACAGUACCUCUGUAAUUAAGGAGAGACAUGCAACUUUUUUUUAUGGCCAAAUUGCAGUGCGAGUGGAAGAGGAAAUCUGCUGAGCCUGUAGAUGUUGGAGUACAGACAAGCUGGAAAUAAACCUGCAUGUUACUUGAAAUAUUUUAUUUUCAGAAAUUGCAUUUGUGCUUCUGCUUUAAAUAUUUAUUUAACAUACACAAUCCCACAUUCAUCACGCUAAAUAAAAAAACUUCAAAGCAAAGAAUUGAUAAUCCAAAGCUUUUUAAAAAGGCGAUUCAUAUCAUAAGGGACUCAUGAGGAAAACUCUAGAUUUUAGAUUUUGAAGUAAUGUUACUACGACUGAAAUAUUACUACGUGAUUAAAACACCUGUUUUGUAAAUACACAAUGUUUUUCAUAUUUUAGACUUCAUUGCUGCGUUCUGUAAACACUGACAGAUUAUACCAUAAAAAAGAGAAUAAAUGCUACACACAGAAAUUAAUUCUGUUGCUAUUUUUU